GGGCUUCCGGCGCCUGGGGCUGGCGGCGGAACUGGGAACUCCGGGGCGGUUGUGGGCGGUGUGUCCCGGGGGCGGGGACCGGCGACGCGGGCCUCCCGGCUCCAAGGUCGAGCGCGGAGCUUCGGGUGGCCCGGGCCGGCGCCCGGAGGUGUACCCCGAGGGGUCGUGCUCCGCUGGGAGGUGCGGUCCGCCCUAGCGCGCCUGUUGCCCGCUCGGUCUCCGCGCAGACACCCUGCGCGCCCGCCUUCCGUCAGCUCCGCGCAAGCGAGGCUGCUGGGGACAGCGCGGGGCUUCGGCCGGGUCAACGUACCCGCCUGCCGCGUCCUGCCGAGCGACCCUGGUGAGUGAGUCCUGGCCUCUCCGGGGAGACCUCCUCGGUCAGCGGAGGACGAGAAUGGCGCGCGUACCUUUCAAGAGACUUGUGAAGAGCAGAAGAGUGAAUAAAGUGCUUAGUGUGUCAUAGAGAAGAACUGGAAACAACUCGUGCAUUACUCGUGUAUUGGUUAAGAAACCCGAGUACACCCAUACCACGAGUGUGUGUCUAGAUGCCAGCCCAGCCAUCACAGGGGAUCCCUCUGGGAGAUUGAAAGGGUCAACUCCAGGACCCAGGCUGAGGCCAACCAGCCCUGAGCCUUAGGCCAGGGGAAUGGCAUCCCCCCAGGAGUAUCAGGACCAGGCUCCUGAGGAGGGAGAAGGACUUCUGAUUGUGAAGGUGGAAGAUUCCUCCUGGGACCAAGAAUCUGUCCAACAGGAAGACAGCAAGGAUUCUGAGGCCUGCCGCCAGCGCUUUCGUCAGUUCUGUUAUGGGGAUGUGGGUGGGCCACAUGAGGCCUUCAGCCAGCUCUGGGAGCUCUGCUGCCGUUGGCUUAGGCCCGAACUGCACACCAAGGAGCAGAUUCUGGAGCGGUUGGUGCUGGAACAGUUUCUGACAGUGCUGCCAGGGGAGAUCCAGGCCCGGGUGCGGGGACAGCUUCCAGGGAGUGGCGAGGAAGCUGUGGCCUUGGUGGAGGACCUACAGAAGCAGCCAGUGAAAGCCUGGCUGCAGGAUGCGCCCUCAGAGGAGGUGGAACCAGAGUCUGCAGUCCAAAGAUCCCAGGCUAGGGGGCCUUUGCUGAUGGUGGGGGCAUGGAGCCGGCUGCCUGUACCCCAGGAGCAGCAUAGCCAUAACACCCAGCUUCCUGCUCUUCUUAAAGAGGGGAAUACCAGAGAGACCACAGAUGCCUGCUUUGCCUCUGGGGUCCAUGGACCUGUGGCAUUGGGAGACAUUCCCUUCUAUUUCUCACGGGAAGAAUGGGGUUCUCUGGAUCCUGCUCAAAGGAAUCUCUUCUGGGACAUAAAGCGGGAGAAUUCUCGGAAUGCUGCCCUAGGUUUGGGGCUCAAAAGUCAGAGCGAGAGGGCCCAGCUGGAGGAGGCGGUGAUGGUGCUUCCACGCCAGCCAGGCGGUGAGGUGUCCGUAUCCUGGAGCCCCGAAGAGGCUGAGGCCUGGGAGAGCGAGAACCGGCCAGGGGCAGCCCUUGGCCAGCUGGUGGGGGUGCGGCGGGGUCGGCCGCCCACUCGCAGGCGCCAGUUUCGGGACCUAGCUGCCGAGAAGCCUCACAGCUGCGGGCAGUGUGGGAAGCGAUUCCGCUGGGGCUCAGAUCUGGCACGGCACCAGCGCACACACACCGGUGAAAAGCCACACAAGUGCCCUGAGUGCGACAAGAGCUUCCGCAGCUCUUCGGACCUGGUGCGUCACCAGGGCGUGCACACGGGUGAGAAGCCCUUCUCAUGCUCUGAAUGUGGCAAGAGCUUCAGCCGCAGCGCCUACCUGGCGGACCACCAGCGCAUCCACACCGGCGAGAAGCCCUUUGGCUGCAGCGACUGCGGCAAGAGCUUCUCCCUGCGCUCCUACUUGUUGGACCACCGGCGUGUGCACACUGGCGAGCGUCCCUUUGGCUGUGGCGAGUGUGACAAGAGCUUCAAGCAGCGUGCACACCUCAUUGCCCACCAGAGCCUGCACGCCAAGAUGGCCUAGCGCGUGGGGUGAGCAGCCAGUGGGGACUGGGUGAGCAAGGCAGGUGCUCCCUGUGAUCUCCCUUUGUCCCCAUUGAGGAUUCUCCACUGGUUUUCCACCACUGCUAGGUCUGAACAGGACUUGCAGGGUUAUCCCCCAAAACUGGCCUGCCCUGCUCCCAGGGAAUGGAAAUUCUGCUACUUUGUCUUCCUCUUCUUGCUCUGUGUUUUUACCUCCUCUAGUUUCCUGGAGUUUGGCACAUUCCUGGCUGUAGCAGGAAGUAGUUGAGGACUCAGGCAAGGCCUGGGGCUUCUUCCCAAGGACCCCUCAGCUUUGUCUGGCCGUUGCUCUUUGUUCCCUACCUUCUUAGGUGGGUCCAUGAGCCAGGUCCUCUGCCCUGCCAACCUGUGCCUUCCAAUCGGGAUGGAGAACUGCCCUUGGCACCAGUGGCUGCUGGACUUUGGGAGAGACAGUCAGCCCACACCUAGGAGAAUCUGGGUUUUGGAUGUGUGCCCAGGAGCGUUUCAGCUUUCAUCAUCUCCCACUUCCAGACCAGGCCUGGCCAUAGGAAGCUGCUUGCCUUUGCUCUUGGCAGACUCAUCCUGCUGUGAGCCCCCAAGAACCACCCAUGUGCUAGUCUGGAGGUGGUGGCAGUGGCUCCAGCAACAGGAGGCCAAACCUGGAGACCAGGAACAAGGUGGGCAGAAGUCUCCUACUGUCCACUCUUCCAGAGGACUGGCCUUUGUGGUACUUAACAUCAGCACUUCUUUGUUGACUCCUCAAGCACUACAUUCCAUUCUUUGGUCUGUAUCUUGUGCAGACUUGCAGUAACACAUACAGGCCAGGAGCUCCCAAAGAGCUUAACCCAGUGGGUCUCAAAAGGGUUUGAAUAAAUGUGGAAACUUCC